AUGCCGUUCGGCAAAGGCUCCUUUCGGACCGCCGACAGUGCCCGAAAGCCAAGCACUCCUGUGCAAUGGAGGGGUCCGGUAAUAGCAGGCCAUAUGUUGCUAUCACGGUAUACCCGGCUAUCUCGUUUGCAGAUCCGAUAUCCCCGCCAUCUGACCUUUGUCAAAAUCGAUGAUGCAUGCGCACGCAGUAUUGUUCUGCUGCUCCUCUCAAAGGGUCUCUGGGCCAAUUCGUAA